AUGGCGCCCCGCGGCGAAUAUCCGACGCACGCCACACUGCCUACCCGAGCGUGGCGUGCAGCGUGGCGUGUGUGGUCAGGUCCAGCUUUUGUGCAGGACGCCAAGGGGGUACGCAACCUGAAUACAACCAAAAAUGGGUAUGCACCAAAGCCGGGGUUCCGCCGCUCUCGCUGCGCUGUGUCUUGGCCCGAGACUGUGCAGUUUGGUUGGCGUGUUCUACCGCGUUGUGCGUCCUCUUCACUCUUCACUCUACCUCUUCACCCUUCACCCUGCCCUGAGUUGCCCCCUUUUCUGACCCACUCCAGUCUCCAGCUCUUUUUCACGACGGGUUCUGCGACGGGCGCCACCAUGUCUCUCUUUGGUGGAUUGGAUGAUGGAGUCGUGGAGUCUAUCCCCACUUUAAUCGACGAGGACCUGGAGGAUCUUUUCGCUGGGGGAGAAGAUUUGUUCGAGCUUCUGGACGAACGCGUCCCUCCAGCCCUCGUCAUUCCUCCCGCCCCAAUGAUCGCUGCUGCUCCUGUGGUGGCUCCUUCGACCCCUGCGAUCGAGAGUCGGGAACCGCCUGGCUAUACCGCACCCGUGUUCUUCCCGUUCGGCAAGCCAGAGCCAACUGCAUCUCAGCUCAAACUCUCUGGCGUUUCGUCCUUCAAGAAGAUCAACAGUCGGCUACUACAAGGGGGCGCGCUGAGUGAUCGAGAAGAGGCAGAUGCUAUCCGCGAGUUGGAGCGGGCUCUAGGUGUAUUGGGACACCAGAAACGUUUUCUCAGAGAGCACAAGGCCGGAUUGGAGAAAUGGGCCUCUGCCGUGUACGGGUUAAACCUCUCGUCAGGAGCCUUCGCUGCGGUGGGGGCUAUUCCAGCGGCUGCGGGAGACGAAGAAAGACAAGACUCGCGAGGACCUAUGGGGGCGGGGAGAGCUCGACUGCGUGAAGUUCGCGUUAGCGUAAAGUGCAAGGGGGCCAAGCGACGAGCGGAGAAACAGCUUGUUGCGCACGUAAACCAAAAAUGGGCACCGAGCCAUGAUCACUCCAAGAAUGUAAAAAAACGGUCAUCCGGCAGACCAGAGGUCGACAAGCCAACCAAGCGAAGCAAACCCCCCGCUCCCAAAGCAGACCUAGCCGUCGUCGUGGGGACAAGCUCAAUAACGAGUGUUUCGGAGGGAGUUAUUGACGAACCGGUGGACAAGAAGAACGAUGGAAUAUCCGACGUGGCGGACGGCCAGGUUUGGUUGGAAGAUUCGGACUACGUAUCCCCUACCUCCGGGAAACAGCCGCCAUCACAAGAUACAACCCAUGAAGCAGAGGACCGCCUGGGACGAAAUGCGGUCAUUUCGCUGCGCUCGUCGGAGCCGGCAGCGAAGGCAACGUUUGAUACCGGCGUUCGAGGCGACCGAGGCGAGGAUGACGCAGAAGUCCUAAGACAGCGCCUGGUAAGGGCACUUGUUGUCCCUAGUGUGGAGGAAAGCGUUCAUACAAGCGACGCGCGAUCCAAACCAGACGUUACAGCUGCUCGGAGAAAGCCCGCAAGCGCGGGUGCGCUCGAUCUCCUAGAUGUGACGCAGUUGAAUUUUGCGCAGCGGGUUCUCGUACAGCUCCAUGGUGUGGGUCUCAUCAAAAUCCUUGGUCAGGCCACGUCUGGAAACCACGUAUCUGGGUCUCGAAAGCUGAUACGCGCGAAUGCCUCGUAGUCCUCGGGGCUCCUCCGGCUUUUUCUGGGCUGCGAGCAACAACGUGCUUCUGACGAUCGGUUUGUCAUGUGGUGGAGACAACAAUCACUACAGAUGUCAUACCAGUGUAUGUUCGUUUAUGACCGCUUGAAAACAACGACAGCAGUGAGCGAGUGACUGAGAUUGCUUGAGCAACGGGGCUCACGACAUCGUGGUUCACGUGCCUUGUCUCUUCGUGCAGAGGUAGAGCGUGUAAGCAUGCUCUGUCUAUGUUGUUAUCAGUUUUCAGCCAAGGAGUCUCGCUGUUUUAUUGUUGUUUCGCACUGACUGGUAACCCGUAAACCUACUCUGGCUGUCUGUUUGGUCGCUUGACUUUUUUAUUGUCCCCCGGUCUUGAAUAAUAAGAACGACAAUUCCAAUCCGUUUAGGAUCCGUUUAGGGUUGGUUUCAGCUACGGAAAAAAAAAAACGCAUACUAC